AUAUCAUCAUACUUUAUUGUCACUCUUCUAAAAAAACAGCUCCCUUUCCCUCUGAUUCUCUCCUCCUCCCUCUAUAUAUACUCCACCAUUUACCAACUCCGCCCUUUACCCUCAAAUACACUUGUAAUCUUAAACAGCAAUACUACUUCUCACUCAUCAUAUUCUUAAUUUCUUAUGGCUCCGAAGGGAGACAACGUCGUAGUUUCUAGUAUAAAGCUCGAGAAGAUAUUUAGCAUGAAAGGAGGCAAAGGAGAGUCCAGCUAUGCCAACAAUUCCCAAGCCCAGGCCAUACAUGCAAGAUCUAUGCUUCACCUGCUAAAAGAAACCCUAGACAGUGUGCAACUGAGCUCUCCAGAAGUGCCAUUUGUGGCUGUGGAUCUUGGAUGCUCAAGCGGAAGCAACACCAUCUACAUAAUAGAUGUGAUCAUCGAACACAUGACCAAGCGCUAUGAGGCCUUGGGAUGUGACCCUCCUGAGUUCUCUGCAUUUUUCUCUGAUCUCCCCAGCAAUGAUUUCAACACGCUGUUCCAGCUCAUCCCUCCUAUGGCCAACCAUGGCGGAAGCAUGGAGGAAACGCUUGCCACUGACAACCACCGCUCCUACUUUGCUGCUGCCGUCCCAGGUUCAUUUUACCGGCGGCUCUUCCCAUCGAGGUCCGUUGACCUUUUUCACUCGGCGUUCUGCUUGCAUUGGCUCUCUCAGGUCCCAGAGAGUGUGCUGGACAAGAGAUCAGCAGCCUACAACAAAGGAAGGGUGUUUAUUCAUGGGGCAAAUGAGAGCACAGCUAUUGCCUACAAGAAGCAGUUCCAGACAGACUUGGCAAGCUUUCUCAGGUCCAGAGCCAAGGAGCUCAAGAAGGGAGGCUCCAUGUUUCUUGUUUGCUUGGGUAGGACCACAGUGGACCCCACUGACGAAAGUGGCCCAGGCCUUCUCUUUGGGACCCACUUUCAGGAUGCUUGGGAUGAUCUUGUCCAAGAGGGACUUAUCACUAGUGAGAAACGUGACAGUUUCAACAUUCCUGUGUAUGCAUCAAGUUUACAAGACUUCAAGGAAGUAGUGGAAGCCGAUGGCUCAUUCACCAUAAACAAGCUCGAGAUUUUUAAAGGAGGAAGUCCCCUUGUUGUGAGCCAACCUGAUGAUGCCGCUGAAGUCGGUCGAGCCCUUGCCAACAGCUGUAGGAGCGUUGCUGGAGUCCUCGUCGAUGCACACAUCGGUGACCACCUUGGCAAUGAGUUGUUCUCAAGGGUGGAGAAAAGGGGCACAAGCCAAGCCAAAGAGCUACUGGAGAAGUUGCAAUUCUUUCACAUAGUGGCCUCACUUUCUCUUGCUUAAUUAGGAAAUGUGCCCUUUUGUUCUUCUAUAGUUGUGUGAUCUUUAUUGCAUAGAAAUCCAAAACACAAGAAGAGAGGAAAAAAAGUUAAGGUUGGGGCUUACUCUUUUUUUCUUUCUUUCUGUGUGCUUGUACUUUGUUGACUGUGGUAGUAACCUUUAUUAAUAUGCCUAUAGGGCUUUUGUGACUAUUGACCCUAUAAACUA